UCCAGUAACUCCAGUCUACAGAGCCGUGAUCCAACACCAACCUUCGUCCGAUGUGUACCAACAAGGCCAGUCAAAGGCGGACGCGCAGUGAGACUAGUGGUCAGCGGAUCCAAACCAAAUGAGCAGGCAGACACAGCAGAAGAUAACCACACACCAGAACAGGGGGAGCGUUCGUGUGAUCCAGGACCAAGCUAGCGUACCAGCAGCAGCUACAACCACGCUCUCAGACCCACCGGGAGGAGGCUUACAGCAGGUUCCCCAGCCCCAGUUAGUCCCUGUGACCCCAGCCGGAGAGGAGGAGGAGGCAAGGCCACCCCGCCCAGCAAGAUGAAGAAGACGUCAGGGGACAAGGACAGCGACGAGUACCGUCAGCGGCGGGAGCGGAACAACCUGGCGGUUAAGAAGAGCAGGAUGAGGUCUAAGCAGAAGGCCCAGGACACGCAGCAACGCGUCAAUGAGCUGAAGGAGGAGAACGAAAGACUGGAAGCUAAAAUCAAGCUGCUCAGCAAGGAGCUGUCUGUCCUCAAGGACCUCUUCCUGGAACACGCCCACAACCUGGCCGACAACGUCCAAGCGCCUGGCGCAGAGGGGGCCAGCCCCGCCCACAACAACAACAACAACAUCAACAACAACAAUGGGGCGUGUAACAACAACAACGGCCAGUGAGAAGAGGGCGGGGAUAUGAUACCUCCUGGUAGAUUAGCGUCCCAAAAACAACACCCUAUCCCCUAUAUAGUGCACUACUUUUGACCAGGGCCCCUAUGGGGACUAGGGUGACAUUUGGGACACAACCAGGGUGAUGAUUGAUCGAUAGCUCGCCACUGCUUCUCAACUGUGCUGGAGUAUCUUCCUCUUUCCGCCCCGGAGAUGAUAUAAACUGUCAGAGAGAUUUCACUGUUGUCUUUUUUUUUUGUGUGCGUUCAGAUUGGUUCUCA